CUCACCGAAGCAGCCAAUCAGCAUGCGAAUGUGUCUUUUUUAGCCAUUUUUUCCGCGAAAAAACCUUCUACCAAGAUGUAUGCAAGUCAGCUCCAACUUUAGCUUUGUCUGGAACGUUUGAAUAUAGUCUAAAUGGAGAUGGAAAUAUUUGCAAAGCUUGCUGGCAAAAUGGGUAUCGGUUCUGCGAAAUUAAUUCGAAAGGCAGAAGAAUACGGCCGUUUGUCUCAGGUGAAGUGCAUGGCUCUUAACAAAGUUACACCAACCAGUGAAGCAGUGAUAUGUCUAGAUUUGGCAGCGUCCUACAUGAAGAUGCCUCUCGACAAAGAAUAUGCCAUCAAACUCUCUGGGAUAACUAAGAAGCUGUACCUGAGUAACCUUAAGGCAAUGGAGUGUUUGAUGGGUCUGGAACGUCACCUAGGUCUUAGUGAGCUGGGUGUUCAAUAUGGCUGCAUGGAGGCAGUUGGAGUUGCUACACAAAUACUGGAAAGGUACAAAAAAAGCCUCCCUUCUGCUCAGCAACAGGACCUGGACCUGUCUAAACCUCUUUUCACCACCACAGCUCUCUACUCGGCCUGCAGAUGCCUAAAGAUACAAGUUGACCAAAAGCUGGCAGCGUCGUCUGGUGCCAAGAAGGCUGUCUUUGGUCGUCUUUCUGUCCAAUUCCAGAGUUUUGGACAGGACAUCUGCAAGGAACCUACUACGAAAAUGGCACAGAAGAAAAUAGCGCCGAAGAAAAUGGCACAGAAAAAAGCACCAAAACGACUUGAACCAAUGGAAAACCUUGAAGUGGUCGAAGAGGAUUGUCUGCCAUCAUCCGUUAAGCAACAGAAGAAAGAAGAUAAGGCAGAAGAGGGAAAAACUGAGAUUGGACAGAACUAUGAAGAGUGGAAGAGGAAAAUUCUGGAAAAUGCUUUGAAAUCGAAUGCAGAGAAAUGUGAUUCGUAGAUGGCCUUGAAGAUAUCUUUCUUUCUUUUUUUUACCUUUAGAAUUGUUUUAUUGAUUGGCCAUCGUUAGGAAUUGGGUUUGACAAUUAUAGGCAUUAUAGUUAACAACAUGGCUUUACCGUUGUUCAAUGUCAACUAUUUAUUGUGUCCUAAUUGAAUGUUUUUCCCCAAUGUUUGCAUUAAAGAAUUCAAUGACAUUCUUUCCUUCAAGGAAUUAUGAAUUUCCAAGUAAGACCGGAUAGUAGGGAGGGACAUAUCGGUUCGGUGACUCGACCUCUUAGUGUGCUAACCCCUUUAAGGACUUCAACCUGUAGUUCUAUGCUACACGUCAUUCCCCCUCUUCUUGAACCAACUUGUCUUUCUCGUUUCACAGUCCUUUCCAAAAAGAAAAAAAGAAUACAACCCUUUCCACCCUUACCAAGUGUAUGCCCUAAUAACCUAGGGCAGACUCUUGUUUAAGUGUGUUCGAGAUGCAUCGUAUACCAACCACACUUGCAAAGUGGGAAAUCUAUCAGCUUUCUUGCGACAGAUCACAGAGGCACGCCCUCUUUUGGUCGGUCCCACUCGUGCUGCUGAGAAUCAACCGAGUUCAGGGAUGAUAACCGUACUACUCGACAAACAAAUAUUGCUGCACCCGUAAUGAAUGAGAUUUAUUUUCUUGGUAUUUGUACCACGUUGGUCGUUUUUAAUGUCGAUUUUAUAAUGCUCUUACACAAUUGAUUACAUUGCUGAUUUAAUCCGGUCACCGAUUUAUGCAUUGCAGUCUUUCUGUGCGUGCAAUGCAAUGUAACAUUUUGUUGUUUGUAUUGAGCUGGUUUGCUAAAGAGGCUAAUGUAGCUGACAAUAACAAUGACCUGCCAAUUACUUUCCUUCCCCUACUCGUCAUGUAACGAUGCCCACAAAGACAAACGGGAACGCUAUAAGUGCUACAAGCCAGGAAAUAACGUCACAAGAGCAACUCCUGCGGGGGGUUCUAGAUUUGCUAGAUUUGGGUUCUUUCUGCAGGCUAUGAACGUUCAAUAUUAUGGUUUGAUGCACUAUAACGGUUAUGGAGAAUGAGGGAAUUAUUGGCAGAUUAAACGUGUAGUUUUUAAAUCCAUAAAAAUUGUUAGCCAGAAACUGAAUUACGUAAACAAAUCGGCCUUUCGGGUUUUUAGUAAAGUUGUAAACGUUGUUUGGCAAUUUUUCAUUUUAUCUUCACUGUUCACAGCUGAUUCAGUUUUAUUCUGUCGUCCAUUGACAUUGUUCGAUCUCUGACACGCCAGCUAGGAUAAAUGAUUUACAUAUGAUGCGGUAAUUUGCAAAGGAGUCAUGCAAAGGAGAUGAGUCCUAUUUGGUUAUCAUUUUUUAAUAACGCAUCUAUCUAGCCAAUUUUUAUUGCCACCUUUCAAAUGUAUAGAAAAUACAAGCUUACACUGUACAGUCCCAAAAUUGGGAUGGCAGAAAAAAGAAGCAACAGUUGUAACACCAGAGAUAAUUGUAUAUUACCUCUAGGUUCACAUGUACUAACAGAAGGGAGCUGUGACCCACAAAUGCUCGGUGCCCUCUCCA